CAAUGUAAAAAUCAUCAUCAUCAUCAGAAGGUAAAAUGUGGGGAAGGAACUGAGCUGAAAUGUUCAAGCAAUUAUUUUAGGGUGAAGAGUUUUAUUCUCUGUUGCGUUUUCCUAAUGGGUUGGGAGAUGUGUGGCAGAAAAACUGGGAGGUUGAGGGUGUCCAUUGGUAGCCCCAGAGCUGGGGUUCCAGCUGGAAGAGGACACCCUGGCCCUGCUGCCCCUGCCAGUAUCCCCAGUAUUCCCUCCUCUUUCUCUCUCCCAAUCUUCCUGCCUGGGAAAGCAGCAGACAUUCUCAGGGCUGCGGAGGGAUGGGGGAGGCCCAGAGCCCAGGGCCGUCCAGGAAGUGGUGUUCAGUGGGCAUCAGCCCCCAGGACUCCGAGGAGGGGAGUCUCUGCAUUGGGAUUUCUCUCUUGUGCCCUCAGAAACCCGAUGGAGGCAAUGUAUCCACACACAUUCUACUUCCACUUUAAAAACCUACGGAAAGCCUAUGGUCGGAAUGAAACCUGGCUGUGCUUCGCCGUGGAAAUUAUAAAGCAGCGCUCAACUGUCCCCUGGAAGACAGGCGUCUUCCGAAACCAGGUCGAUCCUGAGAGCCGUUGUCAUGCAGAAAGGUGCUUCCUCUCCUGGUUCUGCGAGGACAUACUGUCUCCUAACACAGACUACCAGGUCACCUGGUACACAUCUUGGAGCCCUUGCCUAGAUUGUGCAGGGGAGGUGGCCGAGUUCCUGGCCCGGCACAGUAAUGUGAAGCUCACCAUCUAUACCGCCCGCCUCUACUACUUCUGGCAUACAGAUUACCAGCAGGGGCUCCGCAGCCUGAGUGAGGAAGGGGCCUCCGUGGAGAUCAUGGGCUACGAAGAUUUUAAAUGUUGUUGGGAAAACUUUGUGUACAAUGGUGAUGAGCCGUUCAAGCCUUGGAAGGGACUAAAAUACAACUUUCUAUUCCUGGACAGCAAGCUGCAGGAGAUUCUCGAGUGAGGGGUCUCCCCAGGCCUCAUGGUCUGUCUCCUCUAGCCUCCUGCUCAUGCUGCGCGGGCCUCCCCUCCACCCUGGACCAGCUCUGUUUCUGGCUGGUCACCCUGAGCCCCUCCUGCCCUCAGGGCCAUUCCACAGUGCUCCCCUGCCUCACCGCCUCCUCCCCGCUCUCCCAGGAUCUUCCUUCAGAGGCCCCUUUCUGCCUCCAUGGCUACCCAUCCACCCACUAAGACCCCGUUCCCUGAGCCUGUGUGCCCCUAACCUGCCUUUUCCCAUCUCCCCAGCAUAACCAACUUUUUAUUUUUUUUGAGACGGAGUGUCGCUCUGUCGCCCAGACUGGAGUACAAUGGCUUGAUGUUGGCUCACUGCAAACUCCGCCUACCAGGUUCAAGCGAUUCUCCUGCCUCAACCUCCCGAAUAGCUGGGAUUACAGAUGCCUGCCACCACGCCCAGCUAAUCUUUUUUUUUUUUUUUUUUUUUUUUGUAUUUUUAGUAGUAACUGGGUUUCACCAUGUUGGCCAGGCUGGUCUUGAACACCUCACCUCAGGUGAUCUGCUCAUCUCGGCCUCCCAAAGUGUUGGGAUUACAGGCAUAAGCAACCCCGCCCGGCCACAUAAACAAAUCUUAUUAAACUCAACAUAGGCUGGCUGCAGUGACUCACGCCUGUAAUCCCCCAGCAAUUUGGGAGGUAGAGGUGGGAGAAUUGCUUGAGACCAGGAGUUCGAGACCAGCCUGGUCCACAGGACAAAACCCCAUCUCUACAAAAAUAAAUAAAUAAAUAAAUAAAUAGCCAGGUGUGGUUGCAUGCACCUGUAGUUUAAGCGACUUGGGAGGCUGAAGUGGGAGGAUUGCUUGAGCCGGGGAGGUGGAGGCUACAGUGAACUGAGAUUGCGCCACUGAACUCUGGUCUGCAUGACAGAUUGAGACCCUGCCUGAAAAUAAAUUCAUAAAUAAACUCAACCUAAAUGGGCGUGAAUAUAUGUAAAUUGAAUAUCAGAAGUUUUGAGAAACAUCCUUUGUAAAUUUCAUCCUAUGAAUUGGGUCAUUCAUGUCCUACCCAGCUAAAACAGAGGCCAGGAGCCAGGGAGGAAAAGCAGUCAGGCCACACGCCAUUGCUCCCGAAAUGGACUUCUCUGCAAGCCUGACUCCUGAAACUGUGCGUUGUACCCUGAAACCAGCUUUAUCCAUAGCUUCUGCGAUAAAUGGCUGUAAGUCUUGGACU